GUGCUCCAGGGAUUGAUAUUUAAAUUCCAGGAAAAUAUUAUCUAACACAAAAUAACGCCCCCCCCCAGUCUGUAGUGUAAUUAUACUGUAACUAAUGCGCCGAGGACUCCCCAUUCUCAGAAGUUGGCUCCAUAACCACCAGGGCAUUUAACCAAACCAGAGCGUUUUGAUGCAGAAUAAUCCAUUAAAUGCUCAUUAGACAGAAGCAUUUAGUUAAUGAAUAAUGCAUUUGCCCGAUGGCAAACGCUGUGGAUCAUCGUACCCUGUAAUACUGGCCAAAUUUACAAUUUCCCCAUUGCCAAUGGGGAAAGCCAAGACAAUUUCCAACCCUCGUGUCAGUCUCGUGCAGCUGUUUCCAGAAACGUGACCGAAAUUGUUCACGAAUAUUUUGCAUAGCGUUUAUAGAAGUGAGUGCAGUCUGAUGCCAUCUGUGGAAUCAUUCUAUAGCCACAAUCAGAUGUCAAAAAUGGGUCCAUUGAAGCAUCAUAUAGAAAAAAAAGCAUCAUAAAGGUUUUAUUUUAUGUUGAAUGAUGAAAAGGAUUGAUAUGAUGUCUGCAGCCUCAGAUUGUGUCCCUGUGUUUUGUGUUUUGGGGAAGUUCAGGCGCACUAAACCUCAAAUAGUACUAAUUACGCAGCUAAACUGAACAUUAAAACCUGAAAAUGUUUAUUACACAUGUGCAUGCGGUGUGACAGUGUGCCCGCAUCAACCAGCUGCAUGUUCCUGUGGUGCCAUUUAUCACAUUAUAUCGACCCCAAAAUGUUCAUUACAGUCAAAUGAUCGCUGUUCUCUCCAUCCUGACGCCCACAUCUCUCUGCAAGGACUGUAAAUCAGACAAGGCAGCGCAUUUUGCCAAAGGACGUGUGUGCGCGCGUGUGUGUGAGUGCGUGACCGCGCCUGUGUUUAUAUCAAUGCGCAACGCUUCAGCGCGCUCUCUGAAGGGAAUAAGUGGGAGUGAAAGAGGAGAGGGACGACAGUACACGGAGGAAGACUCACUAACUCGUCACCAAGAAACGAGCGGGCAUCACUGCCGAGGUCCACUGCACCAGCUGCAACUACUUGCUGCCACACGGCACAAACAUCCCCCCUCAUGUCCGGCGGUUUGACGAUGGAUCACACGUUUCUGUCUCGGUCCAUAUGGACCGGUGACAGCAAAUACCUCCAGCAUCCAGCGGAUCUGUACAGCAGUGUGGUCGUUACGCGCAGCAUCCCCGCAGGCACGUGCUUUGGUCCAUGUGUGCUCCAUAACACUUUCUACGACACUAUCGCCUUUAUAGCGCAGAAAUCCUGCGACAGGAGAACGAAAUCCUACGUAUUCAGGGUGGACCCCGAGGCAAUGCGUAAUUCUGCGCUGGUGUUGUCCUGGCUGCGGCUGGUGCAAGCUGCGCGCAAUGGAGAGGAGCAGAACACGGAGGCCUUUUUGAAAGCGGGUCAGCUGUAUGUGCGGACCACCCGAGACAUACGGCAGGAAGAAGAGCUGCUGGUGUGGUACGACCGGGAGCUGUCUCACCUGCUGGGCUUCACUGACAUGAGCAGAGGAUCGAGUGAAGAAUUCAAAUGUGGCAGGUGUGACCAGGUCUUCAACAAUGAGUAUCCUUUCCUGGCCCACUGCCGAUUCCUUUGCACUCAGGCCAAGAGUGACACCUGGAGCCGCGACGUUUACGCGCACAAGCACGUGGAAAUUAAGAGGCAACACCGAGUGACAGAUUUCCACAACAUCGCCAGAGAUUUGGAACACAAAAAAUCCAGCGGCAACGAGGACGCGGAGAUUUCUCCUAAGAGAAGGAGAUGCGAGGAAACGUAUCCCAAAGAGCGGAAAACAGUUCUGUUAGAGAAGACGAACAUUUCAAACGACGACAAUAUCACACAGCUGAUUAAAGGUUCUGACCAGGCAGCAGCAGAUGCGUCUUCCUCUGCGGGGAAAGUGAAAGCUGAUGAGAUCAAACCGGCUCAUUUGGGAUAUACGAAUGACGUCGGUGUGAGGGGAACCAAAGAGACUUUUACGCACAACAGAGAUGCGGGAGAAAGCGCUGAUGUGCGCUCGAGUGGCAGCAGUGCGUUUUCUUUGGUCCUGUCCAAAAGUCAAGGCGAACAGAAAAGCGCUUUCUGUAAACCGAGCAAAAGAACUUCUCCCAUUGAUUCCCAGGCGCAUCUGAGCAGCGCAACAACAGCGCCCCCUAACCGUCUAGAAGAGAUUACUGAUGUGUUUUCCCCCAGAACUGUUGUGGGAUACAACAACCUUGUGACACCCAACGUCCUGAGCGGCGACUUACAAAGCGCGCCGAUUGCAUUAAAUGGUGCUUACCAUUACGCACCGGAGCACUGGUCCAGGAACACUCAGCUGCAGACCGCAUCUUCUCUCACCAUCCUCCCGCCGACGUUCGCCUCCUUCGGCGUGUCGGUGCAGAACUGGUGCGCCAAAUGCAACCUGUCCUUCCGCAUGACCUCCGACCUCGUCUUCCACAUGCGCUCCCACCACAAGAAGGAGUUCGCGGCGGAAUCUCAGGUUAGGAGGAGGAGGGAGGAGAAACUCACCUGUCCCAUCUGCCACGAAUACUUCCGCGAGCGGCAUCACCUGUCCAGACACAUGACCUCCCACAACUGAGACAAGAAAGGAUCAAACAUAAACUCUAUUUAUUUCUUUGGUGAUGCUCGUAUUUAACAUGUUUAUACCCAGGAAGAGGUGUAUAACAUCGAAUGUAAAGACAAUAGCAAGGAGGACAGACAUGGCCACCACGGCCGGUCCACGAGAUGGCGCUAGAGGCACGUGUAUGCUGAUCCCACUGCAGUUUGUUGUCUGACCUUAAGCUCUGUAAAUAAGGUUGAUGAUUAUUUUUUUGUGCCUUAUGGAACUCAGGAGAGAAGAGAGACAGAGGACAGCUCAUGAUUGUCAUAAGUAUUUGGACACAGCUCUCUCACCCAUCAGCUUUUCUCUGCUCUGAUUGCUACACACCACGUGGUUUAAAUGUCUUUGCACAUUCUUUUUAAAUUUAAAAUCAUGAAAACCCAACAGACGUGUCGAGUAUUUCUUCCCCACCAUCAUGCUGGUUCGAAACAGAGUAUUUUCUGUCCCAGUAUAGGCAGUUUGCUUUGACAUUUGACAUUUGACACCAGGAAAGAUGAAAUCAGUUAACAGUUUAAAAAGCUUCAUAAUUCGAUUGGAUUUCGACCACAUCAGUGUGUGAUUUAAUGUUUCUUCAGCUUUACAUCCUCUUUGGGUCAGGCUCGGGACAGAUGGACAUACUGUAAAUGGCCGUCUCUGUUGCAGGUAAAUGAGGCGGGAAGAAGGCAUGAAGUUCAUGGGAAAGCUAAGCCUUGUUCAGCCAUUCUGUAACAUAAGCGGGGACGUAAACCCACCCACACUGCUGUUAUCUACUUUUAUUUGAGUGGUUUAUGCACCCAAACGUCUGCAUAGCAAACUGAUUAGACAACCAGCAGGUGCCUUGUGGGAGUUUUCUGUCAAAUACCUAAAAACGGUGUUAAUCAGUACUCAAAUCUUCUACUAUUGGGACCAAAAUCAGCAAAAAUAUGUCUAGACAAAUGCACGUGUACAGGACCAUGUACAUAAUCUCCCAGUGGGAUUUAUUCUGAACCUUUCUACAAGAAAAGCAAGAUUUAAAAUAAAAUAUCAAGUGUCCCACAUAUUAAAUGAAUGAUUAAUAGGUACCGUGUUGCUUUAUUAAAGCAAUGGCUUUAUGAAGAGAACCAUUAGUUUGCUCUGUAACCAUGUGAGGAAAGAGCAAAUUCAGCCCAGACAGAAAAUCCUCUGUUGUCUAAUAAUGGCCGUAUUGCUCUCCUUUAAUUGAACAGUCAUCAUGUGGAAAAACAAAUAUUGUUUUUGGUUCCCCCGCUUGCCUAUUGGCCUUUGAGUACUGGCUCUGUACACGCACCUACUACUGUGGUUUUCUUGACUGGAACUGACCAUUGUAAGUACUCUCCUGUGACUCUGAUUGUGGUUGACAUGGGGUUCACUUUGUAAUAGCAGACUCUGGGUCCAGACUGUAUGAGGAAAUUAAGGGGGAGGAAAAAAAGGAACUUAGAUGUGUACAUUACAAUUGACGCAGCCCCUUAGAAGCUUAAAGACCUAUUAAUGUAAAUAUGAUUCAUAAAAACCCUAAUUAUAGUCAUCAUCACAAAUUAAAUGGGGGUUAAACCCCAUAAAAGGUGUAUUUGUAAAAAAAAAAGCUGCAGAACAUUUCCACUCGUUUAAAAUGGAGAAAACUGAAUCAUGUUUUUUUCCUUUCCCUUCAUCUUUCUGUCACUGUCGUCCUAAAAUAUAUGUUGAAGUUGAUCUUUUUCAGUGACACACUUUGCCAGUGAAUACUCGCUUUUUUUGACCAUACUAUAUCAUUUCGAAAAACUCAUUUUAUUUCGAAAUUACACAUUAUAUGAAAGCGCUUUCAUUAUCCAGCCACAAAACUUUUAUUGUCUGCUAAAAACAUAAUCAAAGUGGAUUUAGUGUUUCUGUAAAUACGUCUCUCAUAUAGACUAAUAAGACACUGUUGGUUUUGGAAGCUGUGCACAUAGAGGUCAGUGUGUGUAUGUACAGACCUUGGUUUCCAAGGUCGUCUUCUGAUUAUCUAUGUUACAAUCCAAAUUGAAUCCCUUUUUAUUUAUUGCUGGCAAUAAAAUGUGAAAUACCUCA